AUGAGAGCGGCAGCGCGGACGAAGCCGCCGGGGCCGCCACGGCGGCGGCCACCGGCGGCGCAGCCUGUCGCAGAGUCGAAGCCGGCGAAGGCCCGUCCACCGGUAACCUUGCUACUGAAGAGUCUCAGGUCGUUCAAGUUCCGCCUGGCCGGCGGCCCGCCGCUCGCGCCCACACCGAAGGCCUUCAAGUCCUACGCGGAGACCUGCGCGUCCAUCCUCCGGCUCUGCUCCGCCGACGCGGCCUCCUCUUCCAGCAACCCUUCCACCUUCUCGCCAUCCACCCUGCCGCUUGUCGUCCUCUCCGUCCACGCGCACGCGCUCGUCUCCGGCCUCGCCGCGGACGGCUCGGUCGCGUCCCACCUCCUCACUGCCUACGCGGCCUUCGCGCGCGCCGCGGACCGCGACCGGGCCUUCCUGGACUGCGUCUCCUCUGGUGCCGCGUCUUCGUUCUCCUACGAUUUCAUGGUGCGGGAGUACGUUAAGGCCGGGGACAUUGCCUCCGCUCGCCGGUUGUUCGACGGAAUGCCCGAGAGGAGCGUCGUGUCGUACACCACCAUGGUCGACGCGCUCAUGAAGCGCGGGGCUGUGAGGGAUGCGGUUGAGCUGUAUCGUCAGUGCCCGCUCUGCUCGGUUCCCUUCUUCACCGCAAUGAUUGCGGGGUUUGUCCUCAAUGAGCAAUACAAGGAUGCUCUCGGCGUGUUCCAUGAAAUGCUCAGUUGCGGCGUGAAUCCAAAUGAGAUCACUUUGGUCUCCGUGAUCAAGGCAUGCAUCGGUGCAGGUGAGUUCGACCUGGCCAUGUCGAUCGUGGGGUUGGCAAUGAAAUCAAACUUAUUUGAGAAAAAUCUUGGGCUGCGCAACUCCUUGAUCACUCUAUACCUAAGGAAGGGAGAGCCAGGUGCUGCACGUAGGAUGUUCGAUGAGAUGGAGAUGAGAGACGUGGUUUCAUGGACUGCUUUGCUUGAUGUGUAUGCUGAAUUGGGUGACCUCGAGGGAGCUCGGCAGGUCCUUGAUACAAUGCCUGAGAGGAAUGAGGUAUCGUGGGGUACUUUGAUUGCUAGGCAUGAACAGAAAGGCAAUGCGAAAGAAGCAGUAAGUCUGUACAUUCAAAUGCUGGCUGAUGGUUGUAGGCCAAACAUUUCAUGCUUCUCCAGUGUGCUCGGUGCUUGUGCUAGCCUCCAGGACUUAAGUAGCGGAGCAAGCAUCCAUGCCCAGACUUUAAAGAUGGCCUUUAGCAGUAAUGUAUUUGUAUCCAGCGCUCUGAUUGUCAUGUACUGCAAAUGCAAACAGUUGCCAGAUGCGCAGAGGAUUUUUAACUCCCUUCCACGAAAGAACACAGUAUGUUGGAACUCUCUCAUUUCAGGUUAUAGCUACAAUGCUAAAAUGGUGGAAGCUGAGAAGCUCUUCACGAAACUACCUGCAAGGAAUGCUGCUUCAUGGAAUUCAAUCAUCUCAGGUUAUGCACAAAAUAGACAGUUUGUUGAUGCGCUAAAAUCUUUUCAUGCAAUGUUGGCUUCAGGGCAUACUCCAGGGGAAAUUACCUUCUCAAGUGUUCUUCUUGCUUGUGCAAACCUGUGUUCUUUAGAGAAUGGCAAGAUGGCUCAUGCUAAGAUCAUUAAACUUGGAGUUGAGGAAAGUGUCUUUGUAGGGACUGCGCUGAGCGAUAUGUAUGCUAAGUCAGGGGAUUUAGAUAGCUCUAAGAGGGUAUUUUAUGAAAUGCCCAAAAGAAAUGACGUUGCUUGGACUGCCAUGAUUCAAGGACUUGCUGAAAAUGGUUUUGCAGAGGAAUUUAUUCUGUUAUUUGAGGAUAUGAUUUCAGCAGGAAUAACACCAAAUGAGCAUACAUUUUUAGCUAUUUUAUUUGCCUGCUCCCACCGUGGUUUGCUGGAGCAUGCCAUGCAUUAUUUCAAAAUGAUGCAGGCAUGUGGUAUAUCACCUAAAGCAAAACACUACACAUGUAUGGUUGAUGUCCUUGCUCGAGCUGGUCGUUUGGCAGAAGCAGAAGAUCUUCUCCUGAGUCUUGAAAGCAAGUCAGAAGCAAAUUCAUGGGCUGCUCUCCUGAGUGCUUGCAACAUUUACAGGAAUAAGGAAAUAGGUGAGAGGGCUGCAAAGAGGCUCCAAGAGUUGGACAAGGAUAAUACAGCAGGUUAUGUGUUACUCUCAAAUAUGUAUGCAUCUUGUGGGAAAUGGAAAGAUGCUGCUGAGAUGAGGAUACUAAUGAAAGGGAUCAAUCUUAAAAAAGAUGGUGGGUGUAGCUGGGUUCAAACAAGAGGUCAAUAUCAAGCCUUCUUUUCUUGGGAGACAAAGCAUCCGUUGUUACUGGAUGUUUAUGAGAUGUUGGAUUUGCUAACAUGGGAACUGACUGCUUGAUUUUUUUUAUGGUAUUUAGUAGUAAGGCCUUUGACCACAUCUUACUUCUCUAAUUCUUAAAGAUAAUGAUAGCAGGACGGAGUUGUUUCUGGAGAAUGACCGGAAGGAAAUUGCCUUUUAACAUCAAAAAAUGAUUCCUGCCUUUAUGCUAAGCUUCAAAAAUAUUUAGGGCUGUUUGCUUCCAAAUAUCUACCUGGAAAUUUUAGCAGAUGAUGCUAAGAGUGACGUGCUGGAUUAUUGCAAAAGAAGGCAAGCCAAUAUUGUUGGUUCAUUGACUUUGAGCAUCAUGGCUAAUGAGCUACAUGAUAGCAAUCUGGAAUAGUGUGUUUGUAUCUUUUUGCUGAAGCUCGUGUGUUUUGACAAUAACCAACUUGAGAGUUGAGAUGAACAACUUGAGAAAAUUCAACUGUGCAUUCACUGCAUUGUGACUAUCCCAGCUUGUUUACUGCACCUUUUAUCUGCUCCUUCGGUAUGGAAUUCAUAUGAAGAUCACUGAGGUGAUGAUGUAGAAGAUGCAAAUAUACUGACUUCAUGCGAUAACCCUAAGCAUGUUGUGCACUGAGCUAACUUUAGACUUAGAGAUAAAUUGCCGUUGAGUAGGAAUUCUCUGGGUUCACUGUUGAAGUGAGUAAAGAAUGUCUAAGCUUUCAGCAUUCCAGUUUGAUCUUCAGCGAGUCAGUACAGCCAGCUGGAUCUUAGAAGGUACUAUGAAAAAUCUCGAAGUGCAUGCCGUUGCUGCUACAUGUAUAUGCACAUGUUCUAAGGAUCGAAGGGGGAAGUGACUCUUUAUCGGUUGAGGAUGCAUCCUUGGGGAAGGUGCAGAUCCAUCGGUUUCUGAGCUGUACAUUUCAUUAUCAAAGCCUAGGUAGAUGACCAGUACUAUAUGUACACAUGACAUGUGUAUUGCGCCCCGAAGCGUUUCCACACCCAAACCAACCUGCAGCCGAUGGAACCACAGGAUCGAAUUGGCUGGCCGGUGGCUAGUGAUGGCUCGCUCUGCAGCUCGUCGUCGGCGCGCGGCUUGACUCUCCUGCCCCUCCUGUCGGCCGGCCCGCCCACCCGAUCAGUCAGUGCCUCAGGUGCACGCCCAGAGCCUGACACCGCAGCGGCUCGGCUGGGCGGUUCACAUCGGCGUGAGCGAGCACGCAUAUUCCUCUUUCCCCACCCGCAAUCCGCGUCGUCGGCGGCCGAAGGCGAGCCGAGCCAGCACGACGGGACCGCGUCGCCCUCACAUCGAGCGAGGCGGGGUCAGCUCAGCUCAGCACGUCAGGUGCGUCUUCUAGCUCCUUCCUUCUCCCCCACUCGUCUCACUCCUCAGCUGCUUUAGCUUGACGCUUAUAGCGCACCAGUCCCCCCAGCUUUACCAAUCUUUUUCCCCGCGGCAAUUAAUCCAUGUGCCCUCCGUUGCUGCUGUGCUGCUGGGGCUUUGGUCUAAAUUAAUUAAGCCAGCCGCGGGGGCGCGGGGAGCGACGGCGAUGGAGCCGCUGGAGGUGGCCAUCACCAUCAUCUUCGACGCGCUGCUGCUCGUGUUCAUGGUGAAGCUCUUCUUCGCCAUGUUCCAGAUGAAGCUCGUGGUCAUCCUCUUCUACCUCGUCAUCCUCCUCUUCGCCAUGGCCUUCUCCGGCCGGGCGCCCAGUAGCUUCUAGCUUUGAAAAGAUUGGAGGUGCAAAUCUUUUCUUCUCCUUUUCUUUUUCACCUAUGCGAGUUGAUCGGUGGAUCUGUGAAGCCAAUUUCACUCCUUUGGUAGAAGCGAUCGUCUCGGUUCUUUGUGCAAGAGAGGAGAAUCAUCAAAUAUGAGCCCAAGGCGCAAAUUGUGUAAACUUGAUCAAAGAAAAGCUAUGACCCUCUCUGAUGUGAAUUUACUAAA